GACCCUCCUAUAAAUUCGCUUUCUCUGCAUGCGAAUCCAUCUCAUAUCCAUCAAGCUAGCUGAAGAAGCGGGUGUCAAGCAUGGCGUCUAAGACUCUCGUUGUGUUUGCUCUCCUGCUUGCCGCGGCUUUCCUCAACUCCUCCGCGGCCGAACAAACCCAGCCCAAGAAGGAAGAGACCAAGGCCGAUGUACAGGGCUACGGUGGAGGCGGCUACCCCGGCGGAGGCGGUGGCGGUUACCCUGGCCACGGCGGAGGCGGUGGCUACCCGGGCCAUGGCGGAGGCGGUGGCUACCCGGGUCAUGGAGGCGGUGGCUACCCAGGCCAUGGCGGAGGCGGCGGCUACCCAGGCCAUGGCGGAGGUGGCGGUUACCCGGGUCAUGGAGGCGGCGGCGGCUACCCAGGUCACGGAGGCGGUGGCUACCCGGGCCAUGGAGGCGGCGGCGGCUGUCACUGGGGCUGCUGCGGCCACGGGUACCAUGGUGGCUGCCGCUGCUGUGCCCACGCCGACGAGGUCCCGGAGCCCAUGUACCGGGCGGAGGUCCGCAACUGAGCACGCGAGUCGCACUGAUGUGCGCACUCCACACGUGGCGUUGCUCUACGCAAAGUUACUCUAUGAUCUAUACGUGCGCGUUUCCACAGACUGAUCUUGGUGAUCACGACCCACUGUGUUCUCGCAAAUCUGUACUCUGUACUACUGCUGCUAUGUAUACUGAAUAAUAUCUAUCCCCGGCAGCCUUGUCUCUA